UCCGGCGUGUGCGUCCGGCGUCCGCCCUCCGCGGGAUGGCGGCUCUGCGUUGGCUGUCUAGGGGCGUAGCCUCCCUCUUCAGGUACAGACGGUGUAUUCCUGUUGUGGCUAACUUUAAGAAGCGCUACUUGUCAGAAUUGAUAAGACCAUGGCACAAAACCGUGGCGGUUGGAUUUGGUGUAACCCUGUGUGCGGUUCCUAUUGCACAGAAAGCGGAGCCUCAUUCUCUCAGUAAUGAUGCAUUAAUGAGGAGGGCCGUGUCUUUGGUAACAGAUAGCACCUCUACCUUUCUCUCUCAGACCACAUAUGCAUUGAUUGAAGCUAUCACUGACUACACUAAGGCUGUUUAUACCUUAAUUUCUCUGUACCGACAAUAUACAAGUUUACUGGGGAAAAUGAAUUCACAGGAGGAAGAUGAAGUGUGGCAAGUGAUCAUAGGAGCCAGAGUUGAGAUGACUUCAAAACAACAAGAAUACAUGAAGCUAGAAACCACCUGGAUGACAGCAGUUAGUCUCUCAGAGAUGGCAGCUGAAGCUGCGUACCAAACUGGGGCAGAUCAGGCCUGUGUAACCGCCAGGAACCACGUUCAGCUGGUGAAGCUGCAGGUGCAGGAGGUGCGCCAGCUCUCGCAGAAAGCAGAAACCAAGCUGGCAGAAGCGCAGACAGAAGAGGUCCGGCAGAAAGCACAGGAGGAAGGGGACGAGAGGGCGGAGCCGGAGCCGGAGGCGUACCUGCGAGAGGAUUGAGGGCCCGCCCCACUGCCCUGUCUGCCCACUCAGUGGGGAAAGCAAGGGCGGACGCUAUCCUGCCCAGGGUUGGCGCAACUCUGCGCAGGAAAGAGGCGGCAGGUCCUGCCCUGGCCAAUCAGCUGAGAGGCCGCUGAGCCCAGUGCCCAGCCCCUCCCGCUGCGGUCUCAGGCUUGCACUGGACCAGGUUCUGGGUACUGCACCCUCUUUUAGCAUCUCGCCCCACUCCGUACAGCUGCUCUCUCGCCCGCUGAUGUUCUUACCUCACACUCAAAGCAUAGGCCAACCUGGGCCAGAGAGAAGGGGUCCUUUUUGUCAUGCCCUUAGGUUCAGUAGCUGUUUAGCCUCAGUUUUUAAUCUUAUUCACAUUUUCAAAUCUGAUUUAGUAUUUGCUCCCUUUGAAGGGCUGUGAAUUUGGGGGGCAAGGGGAGCCCAGCUGGUUAGUAGGAUUUCCAAGUGUUUCCAAUUCCUUCUCCGAUCGGGCCGCUGCCCUGCAAGGAGUCAAAAGUGUUGCCGUGAAGGGAACGAAUGCAGAGUGUUUACCUGGUGCUCUCAACGGGACUGUUCUAACACAUGCCUCUCGUUUCCUUCUUUCGAGUUUGUCUGUUGUAUCUAAAGGAAAAGAAUAAAUUUUUUUUGCAUUUAAAAAA